GCGGCAGGGGAAAAAAACCCGGCUUGGUUGCAUCCUUUCCUCAAGGAAAGCGGAUAGGAAUGCCCAAAAUUCGUCUUGAGUGAGGACUGUGGAUGCCCUUAGUGGACUUCAGGUGCUGUUUUGCAGGUUUCGUAACCGGAUGCAGCUUAAAGAAAUCCUCGCAGAAGAGAGGAGUGUGUCGAUACAAGCAGUGGAAAGUGGCCACAUAGUGUCGCCGCCUGUUAUUGUUUCAUCCCAGAGCCACGGGGGCCUGUCUGGAUACAACUGUUUGGGAUUUCUCUUCAUCCUCCCUGACUUGAUGGACGUCCUCGGCUUCGUCUGUGCCUUGCUUAUGUGCGCUGCCGCGGCGCAAAGCAAGCCCACGUUAAGAAAGGAAAGGGUCCACCAUGAGCCAGAUCUGCUGAGCAGGCCAGGCCACGAAGACAAUAAGAGCUACCAGUACGACCAUGAGGCCUUUCUGGGGAAAGAGGAAGCCAGGACAUUUGAUCAGCUCACACCAGAGGAGAGCAAAGACAGGCUUGGUAAAAUAGUGGACCGGAUAGACGGCGACGUCGAUGGCUACAUCACCACAGCCGAACUCAAGGCUUGGAUCAAGCGCGUCCAGAAGCGUUACGUGUAUGAGAAUGUGGCAAAGGUGUGGACGGACUACGACCUGAACAAAGACAACAAGAUUUCCUGGGAUGAAUACAAGCAGGCCACGUAUGGGUACUACCUAGCCAACCCCGAGGAGUUUGAGGAUGCGACCGACCAGUUCAGCUUCAAGAAGAUGCUCCCUCGUGAUGAGAGGAGGUUUCAGACAGCUGAUCUGAACGGAGACCUGGCAGCCGACAGAGAGGAGUUCACAUCAUUCCUCCACCCUGAGGAGUUCGAGCACAUGAAAGAUAUUGUGGUUCUGGAAACCCUGGAGGACAUUGACAGGAACGGCGACGGACACGUGGAUGAAGAUGAGUAUAUCGCUGACAUGUUUGCUCACGAGGAUGGGGGUCCAGAGCCCGACUGGGUCAAGACUGAGAGGGAACAGUUCUCUGACUUCAGAGACUUGAACAAAGAUGGUAAAAUGGACACCGACGAGAUCCGCCACUGGAUUAUGCCACAAGACUACGACCAUGCCCAGGCCGAGGCCAGACAUCUGGUGUACGAGUCUGACCAAGACAAGGACCAGAUGCUGACCAAAGAGGAGAUCCUUGAAAACUGGAACAUGUUUGUUGGAAGUCAGGCUACCAACUACGGAGAGGAUCUCACUAAGAGCCACGACGAGCUCUGAGCUCUCAGUGCUCUUCUGACGUGUGUGUAUGUGUGUGUGUGUGUAUGUGUGUGUGUGUGGAGGGUUGUUAAACAUCUUUGUUUUAACUGACAGAAUUCAAAACUCCUCCACCUCCAGACGUCACUAACAAGCUCCACUCCAUCGUCUCCUUAUGACAACAGGACAGAUGUCAGUGUGAGGGACCUUGUGAACAAACACUGUAGAGCCCAAACUAGAGGAGGGAUGAGUGUCAGUCCCACCAGUAACUCUUAAGGGUUCAUCUCGCUUUUGUUUCUGACAUUCAGGAGCAAAGUCAGGCCAAGUGGACUCAACUCUCCAAUCGUUGGUGCCUUCCAGCCGCGUCGCCGGCUCUGCUGCCUCAGAAUCUGUGUGCACUAGUCUUCAAUAAAACAACGCUAAAAAGCUGAGCUUCACGUGGAUAUUCAGAUACAGGAACCAUUUUUGAUAGCAAUGUUAAUGUGAAACUACAGUGCAGAUAAGGACAUUUUAUUCUGAUUUUAUUUAUUUAUCAAACAUCACAUGAACUUUGAGAUGAAUACAUGUUGAACAAGAUUUUUAUUCUUUAAGCAAGACACAAGCAAUGAUUCUUUGUUUACAGUUUUCCUUGCCAAAUGAUUAUUAUUUUUAUUUUUUUGCCAUUAUUGUUUAUCUUCUGUUUAGUUGAGAUCUUUAAAACUGUUUAUUAAAAGAUGUUUUAUGGCAUGA